AUGCUGCUGCCACUACGUAUUGCACCCCCAGCCAAGCACGGAAGCACUAAUUUCCCAACAUCGGGCGCUCCGAGGAUCUUAAUUAGGAGUGAUAAGAGCAAUACUGCAGCAGAGAAAAACCGACGCGAUGAAGACGUCUCUAAAAAAAAUGGAGAAAACAAUCCAACAUCAUCUAAUGUCACUGACUAUGAGGAAAUCAAUGUGGCCGUGCGACCGUGGGUCCGUCUGAAUGGGACGCUGAACAGGCGCGUCCUAGACCGCCUCUUGGGUGCUGUUCUCAGCUUGGUCAUGGAACGGCCAGGGAUCAGUGGGAGAGACGUUGUGUGUCGCUUUUCCCCCGCCUUACAGCCCGCCCACACCCACGACUUGCUGGAUACGUUGGUUUACUUGCAGUGCAUUGUGAAGGAGGAACUUGUACCCUCUCACAAACCUUCUCUCUUCUCUGACACCGUCGAUUACAUUUUGGGCCACCCUGCCUCGGUGGGAUACGGCCGGUGUGUUGAAAGAAGAAAGUAUUACUCUAAGCACCGCUUUAUCAAGUUCAAGCUGAAAUCCACGACUAUGAUGAGGAUUUGCUGUACGAACCCACCGUGGAUGCUGUGCUGAAGCUAGCAGUGUUCAUUGGAGAUAAGAAGUAUUCCCAGGAUUUUCUAUCAGGAGACAGAUGAUGAUGAUUUUUUUUUUUUUUCAUUAUUCUCUAAUAUAAUGUUAUGCAAUA